AUUCACCUUCUAUAGCGGCGUGACGCACAAACAACUCGAAAUCCACAAAAUCCAAAUAACACAAUCCCCAGCUGUGUUAGUGGUGAUUUAUGAUGUAAUUCAAACUUGCACAUUGAUUCCAGAUUUACUAUAGAAUAUAAUAAAAGAACAAACAGAACAGAUGGGAGUACAAUAAAACUCAGUCGUGUUACGAGCUCCCUCUGCCCAUCACGGAGAAAUCCAACCCCAUCAGCAGAGAUAUUGACAGAGCAGAUGCUAAACACAUGGUGCAAAUACUGAAAAGAUGCGAUGCCGAGAUAUUUGAGAAGAAAAUAAAUGAAGAUCCUUCUCAUCAGGGAAUCAAUAGUUUACCUGUCAUUCAAACUAUGGUGGAUGUUGCCAAGAAGGUUGAAAUGAUGCUAAGGGACCCAGAGGAGAGCUUGAUUGUAUUAAGUGGCUGCGGAACGUCAGGUCGCAUUGCAUUUCUGUUGGUGAGAUCCUUUAAUCAGAUGUUGAGUGUCCAGAAGCACAAACAGAUCUUUUCAUACAUUAUAGCAGGAGGUGACAGAGCGCUGCUCACAUCACAGGAGGCUCCAGAGGACAACCCGGUGGUGGGAGCUCGCAUGCUGAAUGAGGUUUGUGCCGGAAAGAAGCAGGUUCUGUUUAUUGGAAUAUCAUGCGGCUUGUCGGCACCGUUUGUUGCUGGGCAACUGGAUCUUUGUCUGAAGCAUUUAGACGUUUUUACCCCAGUGCUUCUGGGAUUUAAUCCUGUACACAUGGCCAGGAAUGAUCAAAUGCAGGACUGUUCGUUUCAUUUUAAAGAGGUUGCAGAGAGGAUGGCCACAGAGCAGAAACGAGGCAAAGCCUUCAUCCUAAAUCCUAUAGUGGGGCCUGAGGCCAUCAGUGGAUCUUCAAGGAUGAAAGGAGGCAGCACCACUAAAAUCCUCCUCGAAACACUUCUUCUGGCUGGACAUGAAGCUGUCUUUAGAGAAAAGACAAUAUCACCUGAAUGUUUAUCUUCCUGGAUCACAGCGAGUGAGAAGAUUUUUGAACGCACUUACUCACACAGUGAUAAACUCACAGAUCUUAUUCAGAAAGCAGGAGAGAGUCUUCAGAGGAAUGGACAUGUGUAUUACAUUGGCUGGCGAACUCUUGGCAUUAUUGGCAUGAUUGAUGCCAGUGAAUGUAUCCCGACAUUUGGAGCAGAUUUUGGUGAUGUCAGAGGAUUCCUCAAUAAUGGUUUUAAAAUGCUGAAGAAUAAAGAGGGAGAUCUAUCAUCUAUGGGGCCAGAGUUUGCCAUUGGCCACAUAGAUUUUGUGCACACCAUCUUACCUGUCCUGAAUCAAGAUGACAUGAUCUUAUUUUUGUUUACAGUGAAAGAUGACCUUCAUGAUGUGACAGCGCUGGCCAAUCAGGUGAAGGGAAAGACGUCAAAUGUGCACGCAAUCAUUCAUGACCUCGAGACACAAACUGUUCCUGAAAAAGUGUGCAACUUGUUUGAAACGGUUCUGAAAAUCCCAUGGUCUUUUCCUUUAGAUGAUAACAUCUCAAUUAUAAUGAUGCAGCACUGGGAGCUUUCGACAAAAUGCUGUCUGAAUGCACUGAGCACUGGUGCACAUAUACUGAAGGGGAAAAUCUACAUGAAUUUCAUGAUAGACCUCAAAGUGACAAACAGUAAACUUUACAGGAGAGCCAUCAACAUUUUACAGCGGUUCACGGGUCGCUCCAAAACAGAAUGUGAAAGUGCUUUACUGAGAGCGAUAUACAGCAGAGAUGAUGUUAGUGAAGAGAUGAACUCAGCAGAUGCCAGCAAACACAUUGAGCUGGCCAACACAAGAGAUCAAGUGGUCCCGACCGCUCUGGUGAUGAUACAGCGCAGCUGCCGUGUUGCUGAAGCAAAGCAUCAUUUAAAGUCUCACGCUGUGAUUCGAGAUGCAGUUACGUCUCCUGUCAGCACCGCAGACAAGAAACGCUAAAUAAAUGUAUAAAAACUGUGAAGAACAAUAAAAUGUUUCAUUAUCAAAAUGAA